ACGAUGGACGAAGGCACUGCCAGCGAGACCAUCCCAGAUCUGAAAGACAUAGAGGUGAAAAUUGGCCGGAAGACCCCCGAGGGUUUGCUCAGGUGGAUGCGGGAAGAGGCGUCCUCUCUCCGGGGAGACGCCAAGCUGGCCACGGCGCACGACACCAGCAAGGAGACGGGGAAGAAGAGUUUGGAUGAAAAGAUCAGGAAAUUGAAGAUGGAGAUGGCUCACUUGCGCUCGGUGGAUGUAAAGAUCUUGCAGCAGCUGUUGGCGGUCCAUGAAGGCAUCGAGGCAGUGAAAUGGCUGCUGGAGGAGCGCAGCACGCUGACAAGCCGCUGCAGCAGCCUAACCAGCAGCCAGUACAGCCUGGGCGAGGGCCCCGACACCUCCUGGAGAGGCUCCUGGAGCAGCCUGCAGGAUCCCAACGACAAGCUGGACAACAUCUCCAUCGGCAGCUACUUGGACACCCUGGCAGAUGACAUGGAUGAGUAUUGCCCCUCAAGCUCGGAGUCGGUUAUUUGCUCCACCACACCGCUGGUGUCAGAGGCUGCUGCUGGGGGCCGGACAGGGGGAGGCCCUGGGGCCAUGGUAACAGCAGCUGGGGUAGGUGUGAGGUCUGGUACUGGGACUGGAAGUGGGAAUCGGGCUGGGCCAAAUGAAAAUGGAAAUGGGGUUGGAAAUGGAAUGGAGGUGAAAAGUGGACCAGGGACUGGGGUUACCAGUGCUAUUACUGGGACUGGGACUGGGAAACCAGCUGCUCCUGUCAGCUCUCCGCAAGCCCAGUCUGAAAGCCCUAAACAAGAUGCUCCGGUCUGGACCAAGGCUGCAGAGACAGGUAAAGGAAGCCCAGUUUCUAAAGACAAUACCGUCAAGGCUAAUGGUAUCCUGGAGAAACCAGUCACACAAACAGGCAGCCCAACCCGCUCCAGCCUCAACGAGAAACUGGGAACCAGCCAGAGCCCCAAGCUCAAACCUUACAAAAACGGAAAGAUUGAGUUGGAUACCUGCAAAAUGAACGGCAAAAUGCAUCUGGAGUAUGACGCGCACUGGCGGUGGGUGCAGUCGCAAGAAGAUGUGACGUUUUUGUAAGAAGGAUAAUAACAGAGAGGACUAAAGCCACUAUUGAACACUCCCUCUGUGACAUCAAAGACCAGAUCACUGACGGAUCGAAGAAGAGGAGUGAACUGCUGUUGUGAAAUGCACAUAGCGAGGCUUUCCUUGUUGAAAGACACUGGGUUUGAAAAACAAAGAAUUACUGUCCUGUUGUUCCCUCCUGUGACUGCACUAACUUUCUAUUAAACAUUGAUGUCAGUAUUACGGUGGAAACACAUUUCAGGAUUUGACCACAUUUAGCCAAACUGGGCUGCCUCACACAAACUUAGGAAAACCAGUUUUGAAAUCCUGUGUCAUGGUUUUUCUCAGGGUCUUUGCAUUCCCUGAUUUCUUUUCUUUUCUUUUUUUUUUGUUUUGUUUCCCAAAGCACAGUGAAACAAUCUGCCGGAGAGCUGAGACACAAUUUUAGACUGCUUGAUAUCAACCAAUGUAAAUGAGAAGAUUUGAGUUUAAACUUGAUCUAUAAUUAAAACAUAAUUUGAUAUGUUCUGUGGUGGAACAACUCCACUGCUAGCAGCAGUGAUAGAGUCGAUUGUGCUGCAUUGACGUUAGUGGAAGACCAAAGUUUUCCCCUUCUAUUGAGUCACAAAUUAAAUUUAUGGUACAAACCCUUUGUCUCUGAUGGUAUAAAACCAAGCACUUGAUGGUUAUAGACAGUUUUACUUGAUAAAGUAUUAACAAAACAUACGUAUUAAACACCUUUUGAUAAAAUCUGUGAGCGUGUUUCUCCCCAAACUUGUAGCUGCCUGAACAAAAAGUAGAAGAUAUUAAAAUGUCAGCACUGAGGUUAGUAAAAGUUUCCCUCACUGAGAAAUACUGUAUCCAUUUGUGUCUUUGUAGAGCUAAAUACCUUCAGUGCUUAAUUCACCAUCUGCAAUAUUGUAUAUUCACUGAAUCGCAAUACAGCUACUCUGUGCAUCCGGUACUAGUCGUGACUGGUUGUAGACAAAUACUGAAUAUGGCUGAAUAUUUUUUUUUAUUUUAACCGUUAUGGUAACCUGUGUAGGUUUUUUCUAAGCAGAUGUUGUGCCUGAUUGGUGUAAACCUUAACUACAUAUGCCUGUACUUUCCCCUCCUGAGAUGACUGCACUGCUGUUAUGAUAAUCUGAGUUUUUCAACUCAUUCUAUGUUUAUUAUUUUUGCCUCCUCCUGGCCUCUUGCUUGCGUGUACAAAUGGCUAGACCAACAGUCUGUGUGCGCUCGCCAUGUGAGUGUUGACUGGCAAAUGUGUUAACGUUGGCUGGGUGGAUAUUGCAUGCCCUGUGCUGAGAGCUUUAUUGGUGAAAUAUUAGAAAUGCGUGGAGGACCUAAAAUAAUCAGAGACGAAAAGCAAUAUUUCUUGAAGAUUUUCUAGUGGCUUACAUAAGCAGCCUCUUCUCAGCAAGUCUAAUAUUAUUGUCUGUUCUUCAGGAGUUUCCAAAACUACUGACAGGGAGAGGAUGUGUGUGUGUUUAUGUGUGUGUGUGAGACAGAUGCUGACUGCCUGCCUGAGCACAGCUGGCCUGUCAGGUCCGGAUAAGAAUAGACGAGUCCCAGAGGAUUUCAAGCGUUUUCAGCUCAUUCAUCAUGGCGUCACUACAUCUCCUACCAGUCUGCAGUUUGUCAUGUUAAUGCUGCAGGGGCAGUGCGACACGUUUGAUAGACGGAGGAGAACAUAUUACAUAAUCAGUACAUAACUUUUUAAUGCUACAGUAGCCUACAUCUUGACGAAAAAAAAAUUGUAGAAGGUCUGACUUACCCUCUUUCCUACCUUAGAUACCAUCUCAAAUCGUUCCUUUUAGUGCUGGGAAUCAUUUGAAACUCUUCUAUUCUAAUGCUGAUUGUAUAGCGUAGUCAGUACCAAGGAAGUGUAGACCGUUUCAAGACGUCUUGCAGUUGCUGGGAAACAACACAUUCUCACUAUGACCACAUCACAUAAUGACAUUUGGUUAAGGACCUUCCAAUUCCUGAUACGAUGUGAAACAUAUCCUAGGUGCAUUGGUUGUUGACGUUCUGUCCCAACAACUGACACGUGGUUGGGUUUGGGCAACGAAAGCACGUGGUUAGAUUUAGGAAAAAAAGAACUGGGUCUGGCUUCAUAAUCUUGCGGGACGCGAACACCGCUCUCUUGGGUGAAAGUUGGUGUUUGUUGGACCAAUCCACCACCCGCCUGCCCUACUUAGACGUUCAUUGUCUUAACGUUCAUUCCCCACAAUGCUGUGGAGUAUGAAAAUGACAAGACACAGAAAUGUUUAUUUCAUUUAAUUCAUAGCUGUUGUUAGCUUGAAUAAGCUAAUGCUCAUUUGUCAACAGUCUACAGAGGGAAAGAGGAGCAUUUGUGUUUGCUGAGUUUCUGUCUUGUUGUUUUUAUUUUACAAAAUAUUGUGAAACUUACUGGUCAUGAAAUGAGCGGUACAGACUCUGGAGUUUCCCAGUGGGGUCAAGAUCUUCGUCUGACACUUUGCGCUGGUUUAUUUCUUUAGAGAAGCAUUGGACUUUUAUUUGUGACAUUAAGUUUGUAACUUGUCAAGCUGAAAACAACCAGUCAUUGAGCAGCAAGGUCCUAAAACUAAUCACGCCAUUUCCCACGGUGUGUAUUUCAGUUGCAGAAGACUAUGGUUCGGCGUUUCACAUGCUGUUUUCAUGCUGUAGUGGCUGGACUGAAAGCCUAAGUGGAACCGCGAUGUCGUUUUCUAGCAACCAAAAGACGCCUUGAAUCGGUCUAUUCGGUUUGAUACACAGCCCUAGUCCAUCCUGUUCUGGGCCUACUAUUUUAUACAUUUUACGUAUUUAAAGAAAGAUAUGUACAACAUUUUUUUGAACCAACCCAAUAGACCGUCCGCUAAGCUCCAUUCCCUUUAGUUUAUGUCCCUAUGUAUGCCCGUCAAGCUUUUUCUUCUAGCAUUUAUGCAGUUAAUGACAUUAAUGCUGCAGAUUCACAACAAUAAAUUGUAAGUCAGUUUUGAGAAAAAUGGGUCUUUGAUUUCAGACAGAGGUACACAGAAGGACGCUUCUCAUUUUUAGCCAACAGCUGCUAAUUUUGCUGUCUGAAAUGACAUCUGUCUCUGUCAGAUGACAUGCCAAUGAUUGAGUUUACCUUAAAGUGGGAAUGGAUGACACACACUCUUUAAUCCACCCCUUACACUAUUAGAUUUCAACAUCUGAAGAAAUCUGAAACUUGACAGGCCUGUUGUGCCUAGUGUAUGGAAGGGUUUGGUGAACGGUCAAUUGUCGCUUGAAUCUGGCUCUUUCCCUCCAUGUUAAGAGUCAACUGCUCGCAUUAAUAUAUAACACACAACUCGUUGUUAUACUGUGUCGACUUGGAGUCAACUACAGCCAGUCCAUCUUCGAUCUUCUGCCAGGUCUUAGUGCAAAGAAAUCAUUAAAGGCAGCUACAGUAAGAUGUUAUACUCCACAUCUCCAUUUGUUUGAGCCACUGAAGUGUUUCCUUCCUCCUCCUCCUGCCUUUCUUUUCACCCUACUUUCCACCACCACCACACUGGUUUGAUGGAAAUGCUCCGUCUGUGCCAACACACACAUCAUGCACACACAAUGCCCUCUCGCUUUGAGACAGCACCAUAAAGCCGGCACCACAGAAACAGCAACUGUAGGCUGGUCCUGGAGACAGGGAAGGAAAACUGUGCUCAAACUGGACCUUGAACUCUUGGACGAGUUGGAACAUUUUAAAAAAUCCUUUUCUUUCCCUCUAAAUCUCUCUGAAAACAAAAAGAAGAGCCCCUAUCCAUCGCUGGAUAAGUAUUUCAACCAUGGUAUAUCAUCCAGCCACAGACAUGAAGUCAUUUGAAACCUCCUUCCCUUUUUAACAUAUGUGUUGGCUGUAAAGCAACAUUGCAUGCCAGAGAGACUGUCUGCUCCGCUAGUUUGUGGUUUUCUUUCCAAAUUUGCCAAGCCAUAUGGAAAAAAACAACAACUACAUUUUAGUGCUGGGAACAAACCUGUAAAACACAUUACAUUAAGCUGUAGUGUGUGUCUCUGAAGGUACACUGUAGCACAAGAUGUUGUUUCAGUGGAUCCAGUUUAAAAUUAGAAAAUGUUUAAAACUGCUCAUUGGCAGAGAUUUAAUGAGUGAUGACAGUCUAGAUGCCAGGACAAAUCACUUGUGCCCUGAUUGUUUUUGAAAGGAUAAUAACUGCUUUGUGCAUGGACGAGAAUGGAAGUGUUACUAACUGGCAAGCUGGUGGAAAAUACCUUUCAGUCAAAGCUUUCCAGCAUUUUUUUAGAGGUUAUGGAGGUAAACACAGCCUGGCAGGCUCGCUCCCUCAAAUCUUACCGGUCUAUUCUUUUAUGAUGUCCAGGAUUUAUCAGAUGCCCAGUGCGUGGUGUGUUUGCCUUGGCUUCAGGUGCCAGGCACCCUCCAGCUAUUCUGGGCAACAAGACAAACAGCAUGAUUACAUAGACGAGUGGACAUCCACACGGUUGCCAUGACAAUGAGAGCAAGCAGGCUUCAGCUCUAGCUGCCACAUAAAACAAUGUUCACUGCGGAGCUAGUGGCAAUAGGCAGUAUUGUUUGAAUGAGGGCAGAUGAGAUGAAAGAGAUGACUAGUGACGCAUUUAACAGUCAGAGUCUGAAUAAUAACCAUUACAAUGAUGUUUAACUCCUUCAUAGGAGAUUUCUGAUAUAUAAGCCUUCUGUUAAUGGCUUAUUAACAUUUACAACUGUGGACUAAAUGGAUUUAGAAGGUUAGACACCCAUGAGCAUUGAUUGAUGGAUUAACAGUAUUUGACUGCAUUAUUAUCAAAUACAAAAAAGGACUAACACCAGAUUUUUUAUAACCUCGGGAACCAAAAUUUGUCCUAAUUAACGAUUUUAAGUGAUCUAUAAAGGACUGGUAAAUUAUUUAUUAACCAUUGACAUAGCCAUCACAUACUUAAACACUAUAACUGGUGCAUUCCAAAGUGUUACCCAUUUUCAUUGUAAUCUGCCAAGCUCCAACAAAGAAAUGUAAUGCUAUUUAAUGCAUUAGCUACCAGAAAUCAGCCAUGCAGGCUGACUGAGGGAAUGUGAAUUAAUAUGGCUGCUGUAUUAGCAUUAGUAAGUAAAGUAUUUGUUCAUUAUUUUUGAAAACUUUUUGACAAGCUUUCUUCACAAUGGAAAUAUUUUAACGCCAGUGAUGCUUUCCUGGUUAAAUGAAUAAUGAAAUUAAGUAAAUUAUUAGAUUUCUCAUUGCCAUGGACAGCUCAAAUGUACAUCUUUCUUGUCCAGGUGCUGAGUGCAAACUGUAAUUGUGAUGUCAUCCUCUCAAGGACUCAUAACGCUGUCAACCGCUCCCUUUAAACUCUUCUAUUUUUACCACAUAACAACUCAACAAGGAGCCAAUUUGGGCUCUAAACAAAUGUUUUCUAUUGUAAAAAUAGAUUUUUUAAAGGAAGUAAUUAACAGAGUUGCUGAGAAAUCACAAGCCAUCCAAGGUAAAACUAAACUUACUUUUUUCAUUGUCAUUGCAGCACAACAAUCUGAUUCUGCACAGUAAUUCCCUGCACAUGUAGUCAUUACUGAUGCCAGUCUUGCUUCCAUCGUCUCACACUCCCCACUGCUCUGUUCAGCAUUAGCACACAGCUCAUCCACUCUUUCUAUUAGCCACCUGAAAUGCUGUCAAGAGCCCUUUUCCUGCACAUUUUGGCCAUUUUUAAGAAGCUAAAAGACGGACUGGUUGUGCCUCCCUGGAGGCAGAAUAGAGGGAUAAACAGCAAACUGAGCGGCGUAGCACACAGCAUGCAGCUAAAAAGGAAGCUUCCACUCCCGGUGUCCUGCUGUUUUCUUCCUUCCUCUUAUACAUACACAAACACACACAAGCACAAUGUAUCCCAGGACUGACGUGGAUCUCUUGGUACCUGACAGCUCCUUGAAGAGCACCAUUAAGCAUUUCCUUUCCUUGAAUCUUAUUUAUCCCUCUGUGUGUGUGUUUUUUGUUCACAUCCCAAAACGGCUCAAAGAAAUGGAAGUGAAUUGAAAUAAACCCCACUGAGUGCACACUGGGCUCUGAACUGGGUCCAAAACUUAACUUGGGCAACACAAAGCUUAGAGGACUGAAAAAUAAAAAACCACAGAGACCGACUGCAGUUCACUGGAUCAGUCCAAUCAAUAUCUUGCUUGAGUGAGUGGAAUGGUUUUUAUUUCCACGGUAUGAUGCAUUUUUAUUAUUUUGUUAUGCAAUGUGAGAGAAAAAUGUUUUUUCUUUGUAAAGUGGAAAUGUUCAACUGAUUGUGGUCAUCAAUGUGGAGAAUUAUAUUAUGCAGUAUGUAAAUUA